CUUUCCUUUCCUUUUUGGUAUGACUUCUGGUGUCUUCAAGUUGUUUGCAAACCAUUUACCGAUUCCGACUCAGCGCUGGUCUAAGAAUAAGAUUAUUCUCGGCCGGAACGACUAAUCUCUGAAAAAGACAACAAUGACUUCGUACGCAAAGCCCGAUCCCAACAAACCGGGUGUUGAAGACACUCAAGUCCAGAUCCAUCGCAUCCGUAUUACAUUAACCAGUCCUAAUGUCAAGAGCCUCGAGAAAGUAUGCGCCGAACUGAUCAAAGGCGCCAAAGACAAGAAGCUUGAGGUUAAGGGACCGGUUAGGAUGCCGACCAAGACGUUACGUAUUACUACUCGUAAGACACCCUGCGGUGAGGGAUCCAAGACAUGGGAUCGCUUUCAGAUGCGUAUCCAUAAGCGUGUCAUCGAUUUGCGAAGCUCUUCGGAAACCGUCAAACAGGUGACCUCUAUUAGCAUCGAUCCCGGCGUCGAUGUUGAGGUUACUAUUGCCGAUCCAUGAGAUCAUUGUUUGUAUUCAUAAUAUUAUAAUAAAACAGUUAACAAAACUGAAAUUACUUUGAAA